AUGUUGACGAGGAUCUCACAUUGGCUGACGACUCGACAUGAUACUAAAGGCGGAAUAAAGGAUAUCAAUGGACAACAGCGCUACAAUGCUCUUUUACGGCUAAAAAACGCCACAUUUGCGGUUCUACACAAGGAAAUGGCUCUGGAAGUAAUGGAAAUAAGUGAUCAAGAAGCAAUGGAUAGUGGACAAGAAAGAAGGAUGAGUGUAUUACGUCCUAGAGAGCAACGACAACCGUUAACGGAACGGGACUCUUGUGUUGGCGAGCUUUGCAUGGCUUUGGAAGAGUGUCUAGUGCUGGGACUUAAGUCACGAGAUGGUGUGGAGCAGCUGUCCUGGUGGCACGUACUAUAUGCUAGCACAGUCAUUAUUGACGAGCCGACGUUGGUACAGAGUGUACUAUCUGCAGCAUUUCUAUCGGAGACUGAUAUAGGGAAGGCUCGUUGCUGGCUGAAGAUUGCGCUGAAUAAUCAUACGAUUGAGUCAAGUAUUAUGAUGGUCUUCUCUAUGGCGUGUGAGCAUCUGAUCCGCAACAACUACGAGGAUAGGUCACUUGUUCGUUGCUCUGAAGGCUUGGGGUUGUUUCUUGAACUCAUUAUUGCGCUUCGGGAAGUGCACUUUGCGAUUGAAGUGAACGGAGAUCCGUUUCCAUUGCUGGAUCUAGCGGAAAUAGCGCCAAGUAAUGAAGGUAGUGUUGGCGAUUUGGCUUCUACAAUUACGGAUGAAGACAUUGCUGCGGCGGUGGGGGUAAGACCCUUCAAGGCUGGAUCGUUAUUGCCACCCUCAGAUACUGAACCAGUAGUGAUCGAAAGUAAAGACGCGAAAAAAGACGAGGAGAUUCAAGAAGAUGUGGCUGUAAUCGAGGAAGAAGAGGAGGAGGCUGUCCAGUUCCCAUCGGCCUUAUUCCUCCAUCGCCUCAAAGGUGUUGAACCGUGGCAGUACGUGUUCGGUGUCAGUCUGGCAUUACUGUCGAAAAAUCCAUAUCACAGCCGCUACGCUUUGAUUGACCCACUGCUUGCGCUUCCGAACAUUGUGGAUGAUUGUGUUGCGAUAUUAAGGCGAAACCCGGACACUCCAAGAUUGUUUCGUACAACAGUCCUGAACAUACGCCUAAACCAGCUGCGAGAAACCGUGGAGACUGAGGGGUCGGUACCGGAAGAUCUGGAUCCGCAAUGUGCUGGAGCAUUACUCUUAGAUUUUCUGAAGAACCUACCAAAUUCGUUGUUGACAGACGAUAAGUAUGACGCCUUCGUGGCAGCGGGGCAAUUGCGUGAUGAAGACGCCAGUGUGCGCAACAUCACAUGCCUAGUGAACGACUUGUCUGUGCACUAUCAGAUUGUAUUGAACCGGGUUCUCGACUUGAUGCACUUCCUGCAACAGCCCGAGCAUAGUGAAAAAAAUGGUGUGGAUAUUUUUACAGCUUCUACUGUACUUGCCCCCGUAAUAGCCUUCAAGAAUGACACAACAAGUGGUUUGCCUUCCAAACAUUCGCGUGGUCGAAUGCAUUCUCAGUAUCAAGAUUUAAGAUAUGCUGCAGUAGGCGCUCAAGUAGUCGAGCGAAUGAUUCGGCACUACGCGACAAUCUUCCACUCCGUCCAGGUGCAGGUUGUAGAUGCACUCGAGCAAUUGGAGACUAAAAAGGAAGCACUGCAAAUGGUAUCGCAUCAACUAAAACUCCAGCCACAGAUGAAUAUUUUGUCGGAUAGGCAGCAAGUGAACGAGAUUUCGCGAUUAUUCCGUGAGUACUUAGAAGAUUGCGCUGGUUCCUCGUUAUCUGCACUUGAUCGCUCAGCCACUGGGCAGGCAGCAGAGUUUUUGAAGACUAAAACUACAUCAGGUCUGGAGAAUAAAUGUCCGUCAAAUACUAUUGUCAACCUAGGGAAAAAUUUGCGGAGGUCAACCGUUGCGACGUCACGAGCCAGCACUACCAAUAGUGAAGCAGCGGAUCAUGAUCUAGUAAACAUCUGGGAGCAGUUUGGCUUUAACCGGCCAACUAUCCUAGGAAACUUUGAUAAGGGUGGCGUGCUGAUGCUGCGAGCCAUAUUGUACUGGCUAAAAAAUGACCCAGACGCACUAUUCUUACUUAAGAUGCGUGCACUGCCGUCUGAGUUACCGUCUUACGACGCAGGGCUGGUAGCGUCGUUUAUCUGCGAGUCACUGGUGAAGCUGCUGAAACUAUCCUUCACACCGAAGUGUCCGGAGGUUGACAUCGUGGCAAUGUCGCAUGAACCCUUUUGGAAGUUGUUUGACGAAGAUAUGUAUUUCAACAAAUUGUUCAUGUUGAUGUUCCUGGUGUUUGACCAACUUUGGAGUGAACUCGACCCAAAAGCGGCAUCUUUUACUCGUGUAAUUACGGAGACCGAGGGAAUCAUGAUUGAGUUGCUGAAGAAGGCUCCAGCCACUGUGAGCGAUCUACAAGUGGAAUGGGAAGCAGUUCGGACACGCCGUCUCAAAGAAGCUAAAGAAAAGGAGAAGGAGGAGCAAGGAGAGUUGGUGGAUAAUGAAGCACUCCAGAUUGCUGCAAUGUCGGACUCGUCUCUUUCGUCAUCUCCUUUGCACCAUUCCAAGAAGAAGCCAUCUUUUGAUCUUAAAUUAGACGACUCAAACUCCAAGCUGCUGGAUACGUCAAGCAUUUUGACACUGGAGCAUAUUGCUUAUAUUGAACACGUACUGCCCAUUACCUGUCAAUUUUGCCGAUGGUUUCGAAUUUACAGUGUGGAGUCAAACGGGUCUGCAUUAGAGACACUUCUCUUACUCGCGAAGAAACAGAGCCCAACGUUGUUGGUGAUCAAAGAUGCCAAGGGAAAAGUUUUUGGCGGUUUUGCUUCGGACGAGUGGCAUCAUGCAUUCCAUUAUUACGGUACCGGCGAGUCAUUCUUGUUUUCAUUUGCCAGCUCCAGCGCUGCGGGCGGGUUCGUCAAGUACCCAUGGAGUCGCAAGAAUAGCUACUUUAUGCUGUGCUCUGACGAAUCAUUAAUCAUGGGUGGCGGCGGUAACUUCGGCUUGUUCCUGGAUAGCGACUUAUGUGCAGGGACAAGUGGAGCGUGCGAAACAUUCGAUUCGCCUCCAUUAACCACCUCGCAACAGUUUUCUUGUAUCCAAGUGGAGCUGUGGGGAUUUACAACAGGGGACAAGCCCGUCAGCCUCGGUGAACGACAAAGAAAAAGUGUGCUGGACUAG